CGGCCGGGGCGGGCGGGCGGCGCGCGGCGCCUUUAAGGCUUGGCCUACGUGGCAGCCGCGGGAGCCGCCGCCGACGCGGAGCGAGGCCGGCCGCCGGCACUUCCUGUGGAGGCCGCAGCGGGCGCGGGCGCCUCCAGGCCGAGCGAGCGAGCCACCGCGCGCAGCCUCCCGCCGCCGCCAUGGGCCAGAACGACCUGAUGGGCACGGCCGAGGACUUCGCCGACCAGUUCCUGCGCGUCACGAAGCAGUACCUGCCCCACGUGGCGCGCCUCUGCCUGAUCAGCACCUUCCUGGAGGACGGCAUCCGCAUGUGGUUCCAGUGGAGCGAGCAGCGCGACUACAUCGACAGCACCUGGAGCUGCGGCUACCUGCUGGCCUCGUCCUUCGUGUUCCUCAACCUGCUCGGACAGCUGACUGGCUGCGUCCUGGUGCUGAGCAGGAACUUCGUGCAGUACGCCUGCUUCGGGCUCUUUGGGAUCAUAGCACUGCAGACGAUCGCCUACAGCAUCUUAUGGGACUUGAAAUUUUUGAUGAGGAACCUGGCCCUGGGAGGAGGCUUGUUGCUGCUGCUGGCGGAGUCCCGUUCUGAAGGGAAGAGCAUGUUUGCGGGCGUCCCCACCAUGCGCGAGAGCUCCCCCAAGCAGUACAUGCAGCUCGGAGGCCGGGUCCUGCUGGUUCUGAUGUUCAUGACGCUCCUUCACUUUGACGCCAGCUUCUUCUCUAUCGUGCAGAACAUCGUGGGCACGGCGCUGAUCAUUCUGGUGGCCGUCGGUUUUAAAACCAAGCUGGCGGCUUUGACGCUCGUGGUCUGGCUGUUCGCCAUCAACGUGUACUUCAACGCCUUCUGGACCAUUCCCGUCUACAAACCCAUGCACGACUUCCUCAAGUACGACUUCUUCCAGACCAUGUCGGUCAUUGGGGGCUUGCUGCUGGUGGUGGCUCUCGGCCCCGGGGGCGUCUCCAUGGAUGAGAAGAAGAAGGAGUGGUAACAGCCACAGGUCCCCACCCUGCCUGGCUAAUGCCCGUGGCCACCAAGGACUGGUGCGGGCUGAUGCAACCAAACUGCCAGCAUUUAGGUAUCCUCUUCCCCCUCCCUGGCAAGGGCACAGAUGUUCUGAGAACUUUAUUUGCAGAGACACCUGGAAAUUGAUGGCUGAACCUGACCGGGCGCCACGCUCUGGUGUCUGACUGUGCCGUGCUGGCCAGCCGGACAGUCGGUCCCCCACGGCAGGGCUUCGGGAGUGAGCAGCUGGGCUGGUUGUGGCCUCAGUCCCAUUUUUGAUUUUUUUUCCUGGGGGAGGGGCCUUCAAGCUGUACUGUGAGCAGACACAUUUGUACAUCAUUCAAAUCAGUCUCCCUCUUGUUUUUAAGUUUACAUUUUUAGUUCAAACUACUAAACAAUUUUGGAUGGUUCAGCCAAAUACCAAACAGUUAAACUCCUUGGUUUAAAAUUGUAGCAGUGGCUUCAACGUUGUUUCCGCCCCUGCGCUGUAGUACUUUCUAGGAACGGCGAGGACGUCAGUGGUGCGACGUCAGGGGUGGUGGGAGCUGCCGUUUACGGUAGCAGACGCUCGGAAAGCCUGCUCUGACCUGAUCGCUCAGUGUUUCAUUGGUGACACCCUGGGAGCUGUAGCGGCUUGAGGCAGGGACGAGGGGUGGUGAGUCCUCGGGGAAGCGGCAGCUCUGGGUGCUGCUGGCUGCCUGGAGCCCGGCAGUGAGGACCGCCCGCCAGGCACCUGGUAGGCCACAGGGCAGCCCGGCCGGGGCCUUUGGCACUGCUGCCCCCGGGCUCGUCCGUUACCUCACACCAACCUCAGCUCGAGGUCUGGGGCCCAUCCCCAGCCCCACACACCGCUUUCCCGAGGUCACUUGCUCCAACCUUGUCCACUUGCUACGCUGAAUGCAGCCAAAAUUACUUCUUAAAAUUUGUGAUGCCUUACUGAUUUGAUCUUGAUCCUGUAUUUAAAGUUUUCUAACAUUGCCUUAUAUGCGUUCCUCUUCUUGGGGGGGUUAAUCGCUUGUUCCCUGCUCCUCUGCACCGUGCUGAAUGCUGCCCGGCAGCCAGAACCCCUCUAUGGCUCCACAUCCAUCUGGGGACAGGUGGCUGAGGCUACCCUGGCGCCAGCCCUGACCAGCCUCUAGGUUCACCCUUCUCUCGCCCCUUGGCUUGUAGGGCAGAGGUGAGGCUGCUUCUGCCCACCAGUGCUGUUGGGCACCCACUGGCCCUGCUCCUGGACCCGUCACCUCAACCCACCUUGUAGCCCACCCCAGUCUCCUAGUAUUUAUAAAAUCAAGUAGUGGCUUCAGGACACAGGGGUUCUUUCUUCCUUGUCACUCAGAUGCUCACUGCACAGAGUGGCUUCUAACUCAGUGUUUCAAACUUGGCAAGGCCAUCUCCUGGCCCACACCCACCCCUAUGAACACAGCAAGGUGGCCCAUCACGGCAUACUCAGCUGAGUCACAGUGUCCCUGGGGCCACUGCCGGGGGUGGUGGCGAGUGCAGUUGGCACCAGCCCAGCAGCAGCAGCGCCUUGAUCCUGGUGGUGGUUCCGUUCCCCCACCCUGAACGGGCAAGUGCCCGGCACGUGGGGAGAUGCCUUUGCUGGGAGGAGGAACAGUGUGACCUACCAAUUGGUUCUGGCAAAACAAUUUCUGAAAAUUUUUUUGCUUUAUGUGGGAAAUAGAUCUAAAUCUCAUUUUAUGCUGUAUUUUAUAUCUUAGUUGUGUUUGAAAACAUUCUGAUUUUUGGAAACACAUCAAAAUAAAUAAUGGCAUUUGUUGUA